AACUAGUUGGCAAUUCUAUAUCUGGUUUGUUUUGCAUCUCACCCCGCGUGCCCUUCCCGAGUAUCCUGUAUUGGCGGUAAAGUUGGCAUAUCGGCAUGGUGUGGACAGGGAGAACUAGCGUAUCAAGAUUGACAGUUAUGUAUACUUUAUUUCAAGGUGAUGACGUUUAGAUGUCGUCUGCUAAUGCAAGCCGAUAAAAAAAACAGCCGACAAAAUGAUAAUAACCAGCAGCUGAUGACGUCAGUUUGUCCAGAUAUUAAUAACAAAGAUGGUCAAUCACCUAAACAUAUCUGCUCUAAGCUAGUUGUCAAUUUAAAUCACGAAAUUGCUAUAUACUGUCAGUUGUGUGUAGCUCUGGGGUGUAACUGUGAUAGUAAUGAUCUCAGGUUGCAGCUUUUAAAACACAGAGAGAAGGCCCUGGAUAUAUCAUUGAAAACCAAAGAUCAAUUAUUGCCAUUGUAUAAAAAUGAUACGCCACAAGCUGAAGAUAGAAGAGAUAUAGAAAACUUAUGUUUUAUAUUUUCUGGAUGUUUAGAACUGUUUAAAAUAGAACUCUAUAAAUCCCUUUCAUUACAUCGACUAUUUCCUCUUUCUUCAGGUAAUGUGUGUUUAAUUAAUACUGGUUUAUCGGGGACUACGCAUUGUUCCUUGUCUUGCUCAACAAUAAAUAGUUCAAUAGAAAGAGAAAGGGAUCUGUUGCACGGAAUUGAGAAAGAUCUGACGUGUAUCAAGAAUCUAGAAAGAGAUGUAGAUCAGUUAAUCAAUGUUCAACCGUGGACAGUUGAACCAGAAACCACUACUGAUAAUUUUGCUUGUUAUGACAGCUCAAGUGAUGAUACAGUAUCUUUAGAUAUAAGAAUAGAUGAUGCAAGGAACAGGAAUAGAGGAAAGUGUGUUUGGAUAGUUAUGGUUACAUUGGGUGUGGCUACGGUGACUGGUAGUGUUAUUGGAUUGUCUAUUGGGUUAUCAUGAAGCUACAUUCACCCUAUAGGGGAGACAACUGUUACCGCCCAUGAAAACCUGCAAUUGGACUAUUCCGUUAUGCUGCAGAGCCAGAGGACCAUUUCUCUUGGCAGACAUUGACGGGGAAUUCUACCAGAAAGUGCCCCUUAUGCCACCAGUGCCAAAAGUGUUUAAUACUGAAAAAGAUACAAUGGAAUAAACAUAUGAAUGUCUUAAGGAUUUUAAGCUGUUAUUCGUCCAUUUAUUUGUCUCAAACCUUAAUGUUUUACAAACUUUAGAUUGUGUUAUAUGAAGCUAUAAUAUGUAAUGUAAUUUCAGUUAAACAUACAUUAUGCAAGAGCUAAAUCUGUCUAUUGCAGGUCUUUCUUUAGGCCUGAAAUGAUAUCUAAAUUUUUAAUUAGACAUUAAUUAACCUAUCCAGACCAUAAUUAACUCUAGAUGGCAUCGCUAGCGAUCCUUAGUGGAUUAUAAACCGAUUUACUGCAUAACUUUCCUUCACGAUUUAACGAUUAAAUGGAUAAUCGAGACUAUGCUGUUUAUCGUACAGACGUUAGUAAUGAUGAUCGAGGCUAGGCGGAAAAUUCAAUCGUUUAGUUCUCGGUUCAUAGUGGAUCAAUUUGAAUGAAAUUUUCAGCACAUUGCCAUAACAUUAGCUAGUUUUUAACUAUUAUAGUGAGAACUGCCAACUCGUUAUCGAAUCUCCCAUAAUGUAUCUUUAAUUAUCAUCUGAAAAGUCCUAACAGUUUGAGUUUAAUAUAUGUUGUUAUAUUACAUGUUUUGCGAAAUCUAAAAUGAAAAUUGGUCCAUUAUAGAUGAUAUCUUUUAAUGCGAAUAUUAAUAUUGGUAGCCUACAUGUAGGCAAUUUUAGUCUUUAGAUUAGAAGCUUACUGUCGGCGAUUAGAAACUCUGUUAGACAUUGUAAAAAUAAAUGAUCCAUGAGCCUAAUAGUGUGCUAACGGUUCGUGACAUCAUGUUUUCUUUCGUGUCACUGUGAAAAUAUCAUUAUCUUUCAAUACUGGUAUCCAGGUUUCAUUCAUACCCAGUCCUUUAUGUCCAUAGAGCCUUAUAUAUAAUACAGAAAUUUCACAUCGAUCUGAAGGAAAUCAACCUGCGGAACAAUGAUUGUCGGGUUAUUAUACCGGUCGAGUAAAAUGUACCUGUGUUUUGGUCAUGUCCGUGGCCAAUAAGGCUAAAUGGUUACAUAAACAGCAUUUCUAUACGAGCCACAAGAUUAGGCGACGUGAAUAUGACUUUGUCGGAUACACAGAACAUACUAUGUCAUGGACACACAACCUAGCCUUUGUUAUUUUAAGGUAAAGUGCUUAUUGUUUAUUUCGAUUUAUUUCAUCUGGAAAAUGGGAUUGGUAUUUUUCUUUUUGCCUAAUCACAAUUUCUUUCAAUACCUUUCUUUGAUAUUUUAGUUUUUCAGCCUCUUGAUGAAUAGGAAGUAAAAAUUUAAUAGGUGUUCUUGAACAAACAGAAUUCAAAUCGAUGUGACCUUCUUAAUUUAUUUAUAUCCAUGAUGCCGAAACAUAAUUUAAUCAGAUAUUCUUGUCUAUGCUAUUUUGAAAGACUACAAUUCCUUCCAUUUCUAGAAUAAACACCGGUAAUAUUUGUUUUCACAUUAUAGUCAUGCUGUUCUGUAAUACUAAAUGUGCAGUGAGUGUAUUUAUUAAUAUUAUAUUUUAAGUCCCCACGUUAGUAUUUAUUGUUGAUAUGUCUAGGUUUUUUUAAAUUUUAUUACUCAUAAUUUUAGAUGCAAAAAUGUAUGUCCAAGAUCAUAAAUAAUAUAAA